CGUUCAGCUGCAGUUGUGUUGAGUCUUGUCGUCCGGAUGAAAGUGAGCGCGCGCCGUGUUCCUCGCGGUGGCUUCAUAUAACUCUCCGUCUCCUGCCCUUUGUUGUUGUUCUCACGCUAACGUGCGCGAUCCGCGGAGCCGACACGACUGCGCGGUCGCAUUCCGCCCCGACUUCCCCUCUGCCAGCGGCCUGGUUGCUUUGAGAUGAACAGAAGAUGUCGGUGUCGGGGCUGAAGGCCGAACUGAAGUUUCUGGAGUCAAUUUUUGACCCAAAUCACGAGCGGUUCAGAAUAAUAGACUGGAAACCCGACGAGCUCAGUUGUCAGUUCAACGUAACCGGAGAGAAGCUGCUGAUCAUUCAUUGCAACAUCACGGAAUCCUAUCCCUCCACCCCCCCAAUAUGGUUUGUUGACUCCGAUGAUCCCAGCCUCGCUGAAGUGCUGGAGCGCUUGGAGGAUGUGAGGAAAGGCAGCACAUUGCUUCUCCAGCAGCUGAAGCGCCUCAUUUGUGACCUCUGUCGGCUUUACAACCUUCCACAACAUCCCGACGUGGAAAUGCUGGACCAGCCUCUCCCCGCCGGUCCCAUCACACAAGACCGCAAGCAUGUGCCAUCCGAUGAGGUGACAUCAGAGGAGGAGGAGGAGGAAGAAAUGGGCGAGCAGGACAUAGACCUGGACCAAGACCUGGACCAUUAUGAAAUGAAAGAGGAGGAGCCAGUUGACGGGAAGAAGUCAGAAGAUGACGGAAUAGAGAAGGAAAAUUUGGCCAUCUUGGAAAAAAUACGAAAAAACCAGAGACAAGAUCACUUAAAUGGUGCCGUCUCUGGAUCAGUCCAAGCUUCAGAUCGCCUAAUGAAAGAACUCAGGGAGAUCUACAGGUCGCAAAGUUACAAGACAGGUAUUUAUUCAGUGGAACUAGUCAAUGACAGCCUGUAUGAAUGGCAUGUCAAGUUAAGGACGGUAGACCCAGACAGUCCGUUACAUAGCGACUUACAGGUUUUAAAAGAAAAGGAAGGAGUGGAUUACAUUCUGCUGAAUUUCUCUUAUAAAGAUAAUUUUCCUUUUGACCCUCCUUUUGUACGGGUUGUUGCACCUGUGCUCUCCGGAGGUUAUGUUCUUGGAGGGGGGGCCUUGUGCAUGGAGCUUCUAACAAAACAGGGCUGGAGCAGUGCCUAUUCCAUAGAAUCUGUCAUUAUGCAGAUAAAUGCAACUCUGGUUAAAGGCAAAGCUAGGGUGCAGUUUGGAGCCAAUAAGAACCAGUACAGUCUUGCCAGAGCACAACAGUCAUACAAAUCCCUGGUGCAGAUUCAUGAAAAGAAUGGCUGGUACACACCGCCUAAAGAGGACGGAUAAGGACCUGCCGCCACUAUGCACUGGAACCACGUAUUCGGGGCAUCUCGUUUUCUUUGAAAUAUUGCCCCUCUCUGACUUAACUGGGAAAUAUCUAAUCAUUUUCAUGAAAACCAUCUCAUCAACUCAUCUGACGAGUAUCGUUUUGUUCGCUCCCGAAGACAGAACUCUGAUCUCACUUCUGCUGUUCGUGUUUGAGUUCGCAGGAGUUUUUGAGAUGAUCACCUGUCCUGUUUUUUUUUUUUUCAUUUUUCUUUUAGAAAAAGAAGAAAAAACAACUUGUUUCUUCCUUUUUUAUUAAUGUGGGGGGGUGCUUUCUCUUUAAGCUGCUUUGAAAAAGUGAGCGUCACAGUCACCCCCCUCCUUUAAAGUGAAUUUUAAAAGAAGAUUGAUACGAAGCUCUUGAAGUGGCACCUCAUUGCACCUCGUUGUUUUUAAUCGACUAUGAUUUUUGUUUAUUUUGUUUGAAAUUUAAUGGUACAUAAACGCAAAUAUUGUUUUAGAAAUAUUGUUUUGCAUUUGUUUUUGUUAUUUGAGCAUCGUAGAAAAUAAAGGAGCCGAUUUGAUAUA